GAUCAAAGCAUUCAACACAGUACCAUGGCUGGCUCCAAACAACACCAAUUCAAAGAUUAUCCGGAGCCCAGAAAGGGGCCUGAUCUUCCACCCACUUAUGACCGGAAGCCCAACCCGGCACUCCGCGGCGUCAUUCUAAAUGUUGGGGCGUGGUUGCUGGACUGGUUGUGGUUCCUACCACAGAUAAUCUGGUCGAACGCGGGAUUUGGGUCUCUCCGGGCGAUCCGGUCCCACCUGGAUUACAUUGAGCCUCGUUAUGACCCAACUGUUGUCCCUGUGAAGGGUGGUAGUGAAGAAAAUACCGAUGGUUCUGUCGUGAACACGGUAUCGGCACCUGCAGUGACAUAUCCUACUAAGUAUUACUCGGUCGCGGAUUACCAUGAGCUUUACAAAUCGGGAGACUUGACACCUACUGCGGUCGUCAAGGGACUCCUCCCGUUAAUCCGUCGCGAUUUGUCCACGCCUGGUAAACAUUCCAUUGCAUUUAUUGACAGUCGAGUCGACUUUGUUCUUGCUGCAGCCGAGGCGUCUACCCGUCGUUACAGAGAAGGGCGACCGCUCGGCUUGUUCGAUGGUGUUCCUGCCGCAGUGAAAGAUGAAUUCGACCUCGAUGGGUACCGUACUAAUAUUGGCUCGCUGAAUGAUUACACGCUUGACCCAAAAUCGGGCGAUCCGUCCAUUACCAAUUGGUGUAUUAGACAGCUGGAGAAAGCUGGAGCGAUCGUAGUGGGAAAGGUCUCGAUGCAUGAGUUCGGGCUUGAUACAACUGGAAACAAUAUUCACUACGGCACUCCGCCAAACCCAUAUCACCCGGACUACUACACCGGCGGAAGUUCCUCCGGCUGUGCAUACGCCGUUAGCACAGGCCUAGUCCCCAUCGCUCUAGGUACAGAUGGUGGAGGAAGUGUCCGUAUCCCAUCGUCGUUCUGCUCCGUCGUGGGGCUAAAGCCGACUCAUAACCGACUUUCGCAUUAUCCAAGCGUCAACUACGCCAGUACCACCAGUGUGAUUGGGCCCCUCGCUGCAGACAUCCGCUCUCUCGCUGAAGCGUAUCACGUUUUCGCCAAGCCAGGUCCAGAUACACCAUUCCCAGCUCCAGGCCCGCUCUCAUUGUAUCCGUCGACCAGAGGAAAGAAGAUCCUCGGUGUCCCAGAAAUGUGGUUCUCCCGAGCGACCCCGGACGUCCAACGUCUAUGCCGCUCCCUGCUGGACAAGCUUGUCACUGAGAAAGAUUACUCCGUUGUGCCAAUCGACAUCCCCUUCCUCAUCGAGGGCCAGACAGCCCACGCCAUGACCAUCUUAACUGAUGCUGCGGCUCUUCUCCCGGAUACCACCAACAUCACUGCUCCCAAUCGCAUUCUCCUGACUCUAGGCCGUACGACACCCGCUACUGACUAUCUUCUCGCGCAGAAACUUCGUCGCCUUCUGAUGGAGCAUCUUGCCGCCCUCUGGGAAGAAUUCCCUGGCAUGAUCAUCGUGACUCCUACUACUGCAUGUGCGGGUUGGCCCAUUGUCUCCAAGUCGGAGUUAAAAUGGGGACUUAGUGAUGGCGACCGCACGCUGAAGGCCAUGGAGUACGUCUGGCUGGCAAACUUUACUGGUAUUCCUGCGAUUAGUGUUCCGGCGGGAUAUGCCGAUCCGGAGGGUAAACAUAGCAACGAGGGAACGAUUCCGGUGGGGCUAAUGGGGAAUGGAGAAUGGGGUAGCGAAGAACAGUUGUUGCAGUGGGGAUUGGAGGCCGAGGAGCUCGGGGCAGACUUGCGUGAGAGGCCACCAAUUUGGGAGGAUGUUAUUCAGAGGGCGAAGUGGGCUGCAUCUAACAGUGGUUCUGGCGAAACUGCAUAGAUACAGUGGUACAGAUAGACUUUGUAGAUCCUUCAAAGAGACAUUAGAUACGUCGU